UUGUCGUUGAUGUAAAACAGCUGGUCACUUUUCAUUUGGGUAGCUGUAGAUGUACAUCAAAUAUGUAGGCAGACAUCAUUGGUGGUGAUUAUGGUCAACGUGGUCUGUGGUGCGGUAACACUACAUGUACUACGGUAAGGACUGCACAACCAUUCAGGUUGCGAGCUGUAGCGGAAGGUCUAGCUGUGCAAGAUCCUGACAGUUGUACGCGAACUACAGGGAGGUAAUAAGGCGAGGGAAGCAGUAUGGAGUGUAUACCCAUAACUAUUGAUGAUUUUGAGGGAAAAAAGGAUGCAGUCAUAGAAGACUCAGAGAAGAAUGUGUACACCAGAUUUAUGAAGUCGCACCGGUGUUAUGAUCUUGUACCCACAAGCUCCAAAUUGGUUGUGUUUGAUACAUCACUCCAGGUCAAGAAGGCAUUUUUUGCUCUUGUUUCUAAUGGGGUAAGAGCAGCACCUCUGUGGGACAGUAACAAGCAGUGCUUCGUUGGUAAGAGUAAUUUUCAUUUCACUCUGUAUCACUCUGAGACUAAGUUCAAUAAUGGACUGAUGAAAUGCUUCCAAUUCUGCUCUGCAGGUAUGCUAACCAUCACAGACUUCAUUAACAUUCUUCAUCGGUAUUACAAAUCUCCAUUGGUUCAGAUAUAUGAAUUGGAAGAACACAAAAUUGAAACAUGGAGAGAGGUGUACCUUCAAGACUCUUUCAAGCCCUUGGUUAACAUAUCUCCCAAUGCAAGUUUGUAUGACGCAGUGUCAUCUCUGCUGAAGAACAAGAUCCACAGAUUGCCUGUAAUCGACCCGCUGACUGGGAACACGCUCUAUAUUCUCACACAUAAGAGGAUUCUCAAGUUCCUGAAGCUUUUUAUAUCAGAGAUGCCGAAACCCUCGUUCUUAAGUCAAACCUUAGAGGAACUAAACAUUGGAACAUUCAAGAACAUAGCGGUGGUCAGCAAAGACACGCCCCUGUACACAGCCCUGGGUAUUUUUGUUGAACAGCGAGUGUCAGCACUGCCUGUUGUGGACGACAAAGGUCGUGUAGUGGACAUUUACUCAAAAUUUGAUGUCAUAAACCUGGCAGCAGAAAAGACGUACAAUAACCUGGAUGUGACUGUGACCAAAGCCUUGCAGCACCGCUCUCAGUACUUUGAAGGAGUUUUGACCUGCCACAGACACGAGACCCUGGAGGCCAUCAUCAACAGACUGGUGGAGGCCGAGGUACACAGACUAGUGGCUGUGGAUGAACAGGAUGUGGUGAAGGGAAUUGUGUCUCUGUCAGAUGUUCUCCAGGCAUUAGUGCUUACCGAUGGAGAAGAGGGCACAGUUUGAGGAAGGAGCACAAGGAAACCAUACAUUGUUUUAAAAGGAGGCCAAAGCAAAUGGAGAAACAGAACUGACAUGCAAGAGGGGAAUUAAGAUAGUAUGUUCUAGUAUAAUCAUCCAUAUCCCUGUAACCAGAUUUCAUGUAAUCACACAUGUAAUUAACUGCAGUUUUAGCAGCCCAGAAAGAUUUAAUUUUAGUACCACUGGCCAUGCAGAAGCUUCUAUAACAUGAGCCUAGACAGAUGUAAAAGCACAAGAAACCUCUGAUGAGGAAUUGCCGUAUAGCAGCGUCAUUCCCACCUUUGUGGCUGCUGUAGUGCCAAUAUACACAGUGCAGGACCAUUAAUUAUGACUGAUUACUAAGGUGUUCCUUAUAAUAUAAAUCUUUGCUAAAUAAAAUUAGUAAUCAGUUUAGUAGCGAAAGGAAACCAGAUACACCAGUAUUGCCUUUUUUUUGUGGCAUUUCUACAAGACUGAACUCUAAACACACACUGAGUCUAUUUUUUUUAAACACUGUUUCACUUCAGUGUUGUGUGUCUGGCUUAUUAGAUAUUUGUUCAAACCCUGAUCUUUGCCCAUGUAUGUACUAUGAUAUCUUGUUAUUCUGUAUUCAGUUAGCUUGAUUAUUUAAACAUAGGUAGAGGACUGACAGCUACAGUUUCCCCAUUUGCGAAGACAUAUUGAUCUAUACAGUAUAUGGUUACUUAUGUAUUUAUCUGUAUGUCAUACAUACUGCAUCUACACACAUGCUACCUGUGUGAAGUUUGUUGAAUUAGCUUAAUUUGUUGUUCAGUAUACUCUCAAGACCUUGGAGAUUGUUAGUAGUCUGCACUGAUUCACAGAUGUGAAAUGAAAAGGGCCUGACCAUGUUUUAACUUUUUAGCAAGUUAUAACUUUUGCAGGUUUUAGCUUCAGGACGUUUUGCCCCCAGAAUAUUUUUGGAUCAAUUUUAAGGCCGUUUCCAUGGACUGAAAAAAUUGAUUUAACCUGUUUGUCAACACUUAAAUCAAAUUAUCACAGUUACCAGUGGUGAAGAAUUCAAGCGCUCAGAUUUUAUUCUUUUGUGUAGCUAGACAGCAAAGUAUCAAACCUUGAACAGUACUUAAUACUCCCAAAACAAUCACAGUGGUGAAGUCUAGAACAUCACUGAUAAAUUUGCUUUAAAGCUAUGUUUACAUACUGUACAGUAAAGAUUGCUGGUACAACUUCACCCACUGUACAAGGUGCACAAACAAGGGAAAAACAAACUGUAAAAACAAAAAGUCCAACACUUGCAGUGUUUUGAGUAAUUUUAAUGUGAAGCUGAAACACAUUGGUCUUUGGUCUUCACAUUAAAGUUGCUCAAAACACUGCAAGUGUUGCUGGACUUUUUGUUUUCCAAGCCACUUUCACAUUACAGGCUUUAAUGCUCAAUUCUGAUCUUUUUGUGUUGAUAGCUCACAUUUUUGUUUGUGACAUGUAUCCAGCUCCAGUGUGAACACUGUUGAGGUCCUAUACUGUCAAACAUCUGCAUAUUUAACUGGAAUGUGACAGUGAGAUAAAAAAAAAAACACAUAAAUUCCCAUUGGAGUGUCCUGACAGCAGUCACAUGAUCAGAGAUUGAAUAUGAUUCAGAUCUAGGAUCACAUAUGCAGGUGGCACAGAUCUGAUUUGAAAAAAAUAUCUGACUUGGUUUGUUCACACAUCUGUGAAAAGAUCAGAUCUGGGUCAUUUGGAGGGGACACAAUGGAUUUGGGCCACUUCAGCAGGUUGUGUGAAUGUGGCUUUACAGCCACACAGUUUCUGUGUGAGUGCAUACUGUGGAUAUUUAUGGGAUGUUUUUGUCUGGAUUGUUAUGUAUAAACAAAUGUAUAAUGGACUGUAUCCUGUAUUCAAUAGACAGCCUUUUUCUGCCCGCUUUGGUUUCCACACUUUUGUCACCUUUAGCAUUAAAGAGGUGUGUUAAUUCCUUCAGAGCUGCAAAAUCGAACCUUUUUUGGAAAAGUGGUCCAUCACUUGAAAACUAAUGGUCAUAGAAACACCUGCUUUGAUUUAGUUGCUGUUGGUGUGUUUAUGUGAUCGCAGUUAUAGUCGGUGAUCACAUCACAUGUCAGAACAUCAGCUGUUAAAGGUUUUUGCAACUGCUUUCCGUUCAUUGUGUUUCUGGGUCUUUAUCAGUCACUAAAUACCAGCAUUGCAUCCUUUCCAUUUUCUAAAGAGGAUAGGACAAAGACUUCCUGUUUUGGUAUGUAUGAGUUGGAAUGUGUACAACUGUAUGUAAAUCCACAGGUUUUGUACUACUCUGCAUUGAAAUCAUAAUUUAAAGAAGGUGCAAUAAAGACAGUUUGUUUUAAAUGGCACACAUUUAAACUUUUUUUUUUUUCUUUCAUCUUGUCAUCUGACAUUACUUGUGCCUAAAGAUGUAACUGGGUAAUUCUCUGCCUGUAACUGUAGGUUAUCAUUUAAUAAAACAGUUUGUUUUUGGGGGGGGGGCUUAUCAGUGAAAGUAAGGUGUAAUCAAAUGGUUGUCUUUACCCAACAUGCAGAUACGGAGCCAUAUUAGCAUUCAUUUAGUCAUGUUUGUGGUUACCAUAUUAACUUAAGUGCAAUACUGACUUUACUUUUAUCACAGUUUUUGUCUUCACAAACUACUGAGGGACAUAGCUGGCUGUUUUAUCUUAAAAAUCCUUUUUUUUUUCUUUUGAAAACAGCAGCUAGGUACAGUAAGUAGUAUGAGUCAAAGCAGUUGUGGGUCAGAAGACAAAAACUAUGACAAUGCUCCUUCAGUCUGAGAGGAACUGCUGAAACUAGUGAUAAAUCAUGUUUGUCAUCACAAACUACCUUUUUCCAUGUAUUACUCAUGUAAUCCAUUGUUUAUAUAAAAAUAUUGCAUGUAGUCACUUUAACACUUUAAAAACAAGAAAAUUAAAAGAAA